CAAGGAUUGGUCCUCUCUCACUCUAAUAAAUUGCCCUUUUCUAAUUAUUUUUUUAAUCUCUCGAGUGUCCCUGUCCUUCUCUACUUUCCCUAGAAUAAUUAUAGCUAACAAGCUUUUUAUUGUUUGUUGCUUUUGUUGUUCUUGCAAGAGCAAGACAUCCAUCAUCUUCAAUCCUUCUAUUAAAAAGUCCUUUUUAAUAGAGAGAAGAAGAAAAAAGUGAAAACAACAAAUAUCCAACCCGUCAUUAUUGCUUUGCAGCUUCAAGGAUGCUUCAAACCAUCUGCAUUCUCUUAAUUUGCCUCUCUACUUCUUCCCUUCUCUUUAUUAGAGCUACUUCCUUCAAUCUCUCCCUUCCCCACCAACACCCUGAUCCUGAAGCUGUUGCACAUGAUGUUCAAAGGAGAGUCGAUGCAUCUAUAUCAAUACGGCAACUUUUGCCGACCCAAGAAAAGGACAAAUGCCAAACUGGAAACCCAAUCGACGACUGCUGGCGUUGCGAUGCCAAUUGGGCCAACAACCGCCAACGCUUAGCCGACUGCGUCAUAGGCUUCGGCCAGGGUGCAUUAGGCGGCAGAGGAGGCCAGAUCUACAUAGUCACCGACUCCUCGGACCGUGACCCCACCAACCCAACUCCGGGAACCCUCCGUUACGGCGUCAUCCAAGACGAACCCCUCUGGAUUAUCUUCUUCACUAGCAUGACCAUCAAGCUCAAACACGAACUCAUAUUCAAUAGCUACAAAACCAUCGACGGCCGUGGAGCUAACGUCCACAUUACUGGCAAUGGGUGCAUAACACUCCAGUACGUGUCCCACAUUAUUAUCCACAACAUCCACGUCCACAAUUGCAAGCCCUCGGGCAACACUAACAUAGCAUCAUCACCAACGCACGUUGGAUAUAGAGGAAGAUCGGACGGUGAUGGAAUCUCCAUCUUUGGGUCCCAGAAAAUAUGGAUUGAUCACUGCACUCUAUCGUAUUGUACAGAUGGUUUGAUUGAUGCUAUAAUGGGGUCCACUGGAAUCACAAUAUCAAACAACUAUUUUUCUCAUCAUGAUGAGGUGAUGCUGUUAGGGCACGAUGAUAAAUACGUUUUGGACUCCGGAAUGCAGGUGACUAUAGCUUUUAACCGAUUCGGUGAGGCGCUGGUGCAGCGUAUGCCUCGGUGUAGACGCGGGUAUAUACACGUGGUAAACAAUGAUUUCACGUACUGGGAGAUGUAUGCAAUCGGCGGUAGCGGUAACCCUACCAUUAAUAGUCAGGGUAAUCGGUACAUUGCACCGGCUGAUCCUAAUGCCAAAGAGGUGACAAAGCGCGUGGACACGGAGGAAGGCGAGUGGACAGAUUGGAAUUGGAGAACAGAUGGGGACAUAAUGGUAAAUGGAGCAUUCUUUGUCCCAUCAGGGGCUGGGUUGAGCGCCCAGUAUGCAAAAGCGUCUAGCGUGGAGCCCAAAUCUGCUGGGUUAAUCAACCAACUCACCAUGAACGCUGGUGUCUUUGGUGAUCCCAGGGACAAUAAUGGGGGCAUGUCAAAUUCAGGCAACGGCUACGGGACCAGCACCAGCACGGGUAGUGCUGGGUCCGGCGGUGAUGGAGACUACUUCGGAAUGAUAUUCGGUAGCGGCGCUCCACCACCCACUUCUACUAGCACAAUCUUUUUGUCUCUUGUAAUUAUUUUAAUAUUGUACACUUGUAUGGUAGCCAACCAUGGUGCCAUAUUAUCAUUUCCAUUAUCAUGAUUAUUAUAAUGAUUAUAGUAGUUGAUAUUGAAAGGGAAAGCAUCCGUCAAGAUGGCCUGGAAAAAGAAGGCAAGUUGAUUUGGUCCCAUUGCUUAGCCAAUAUUGCAAUUGUAUAGCAUGAAUUUUUUUUUUUAGUCCAUUUUGUACUGGGCUUUUAGUGGGCUUUUCAGAUUUUAAAUAAUUUUCAAGCUCACAAUAAGUAAAGUGAUUUUUUUAAAUGUAA